GCCCAGGUCAAUUAAUAUGGAUGUCAGUUCUAGUCCCAUAUUUCAAUUGAUCCCGUAUAACAAUCGCUCAAAACUUGUUGUUUUAUGAUGGCAGCGAAGUUCAUUCCGCGCCAGACUUUUCCCCACUAUGGAUCUAUCCCAAGGUCAUAUUACCUGGGUCAUCAUCGGGCUGGGUUGAAUAAGAUGAAAAAUAUGCUGUCCUCUAUUGAUUAUGUCGUCGAAUGCCGCGACUACAGAGUCCCAGUGACCUCAGUGAAUCCCAUGUUUGAAGAGGCACUGGGGAGCACGAGGCGCUUGGUUGUGUACACCAAGAGAGAUCUUGGUGCGGACCCUCGGCCUCCUGUACGGCAGCAGGUAAUUUUAAAACUUCCUAUCUUAGUCCAGUGGUUGGCACAUAUAUCUCACAGUCUAUUCUCCCCGCAGGUCGAAAAGACGAUCCAAAGCUUCGACCCCACCAGUGCCGUCUUCUUCGUCAGCUCGUCCUCCCGAAGAGAUGUGAGUCCUAUAAUCAGACACCUCCGGGAUGAUGCGCAAGGGCCGGAUAAUCUUGUUGGGAGCCGCGUCAUGGUGGUUGGAAUGCCGAACAUUGGUAAAUCGAUGUUGAUCAAUGGUCUGCGCAACUACGGCGUGAAAAGGGCCAAGGCUGCACAGUCUGGGGGUCAACCAGGUGUCACACGGAAAAUCGGAACACCAAUCAAGAUAAUUGAGAGGGAGAGCGGUUCUCAUGUAUAUGUGCUGGACACUCCCGGUGUAUUUAUGCCAUAUGUCCCAGAUGCAGAGAACAUGCUCAAGCUAGCACUAUGCGGGUGUGUGAAGGACUCGGUGAUUUCGUCCUUGACGUUGGCAGAUUAUUUGUUAUACCAUAUCAAUCUGCAUGAUGAGCGGUCGUAUCGGCGGUGGUCUGAGCCAACAAAUGAGAUUGGUCUUCUCCUCGAGAACUUCGCUCGGUAUACCGGCCUUCUGGCCAAAGGCGGAAUUCCGAACGUCGACCUUGCAGCAUUGACCUUUAUCCAAAAAUGGCGGUCUGGUGAACUUGGGAAGUUCAUCUUGGAUGAUUUGCAGACUGAACAACACCGGCGUCAAGAGGGAUUAACCGAGUCAGCAACCAGUAUAACUCAGGCGCUGAAGGCAGAUAGGAUGGCGAAGAAGGGGAAAGGUCAACAGGACACAGGAUCCGAAUAAUGUGUAAAAAGGGGUUUUCAUGUAUAAAAGGACGAGCAUUGCGCUGGUAUCAUCAAGGGGCCUUGUUUGCCUUCCCGUCAAUGCAUCGCAUUAUGAAAAUAACAAAACAUGAACGUAU